GUAAGACAUAUCAAAUUCAUAGCAAUAUUUCAUCAUCAACCCCUUUAGUCUAUUAAGUUAUCAUGACCAUCAGGAAGUUGUAAACCACAGUUAAAGUCACAAAUGUUGCAAGAGAAAGCUAUAAGUACAUCAUUUAAAGAGAACCACUAACAGAAGCAGAACAUGGCUGUUAAGAGUCAUAUAAGUCUGCUGGGACUCAUCAUGAUCUGCUCAUCUCUCACAGGUACAACUGCAGAGACUGAUGUGUUCAGUAGUUCUGGUGAAAAUGUCACUCUGCCCUGUAUUAAUGCUCUUUCUGACUGCACCUCAACUACAUGGAACUACAACAAACAUAGUUCAUCAGCUGUAGUAGAACUGAUUGCUCAAGGAAUAAAGAAGAAAAACACAGAGAGAGCUGAGAGACUGAGUCUGGGGUCUGACUGCUCUCUGAACAUCUAUAAAACAACAGAAGAUGAUCGUGGACAAUACAUCUGCCAACAAUAUGUGAAUGAACAAAAACAUGGAAAUGAUGCACAGGUUUAUCUACAUGUUCUUCAUGUCUCUUCAUCAUCAUCACAGACUGAGAUAAAACCAGGCGGAUCUUUGACUCUCAUCUGUCAGCUGUUACCAUAUGAAGACUCUUGUAAUACUUUGGUCCAUUCUGAAGAUCUUCAGCUGUCCUGGGUGAAUCAGGCUGAUGUUAAUCUACAGACAGACUACAGAUAUCAGAUAUUACGAUCAGGACACUGUUUCAUCGCUCUGACUACAACAAUCCAGAAUGAAGAAAACAACACAGAGUGGAGAUGUUUGGUUAAAAAGAAGAAUGAGAUUAAAACCUCAGCCAGCUACACUGUCAAGUUUAGGGGUCCAUCUGACCCAAAUCCAGCAGUCACCACCACAAACUAUGAGACGAUAUCAACUAUAAAUGCAUCAGAAAGUGAAGGCAGUAAAAUUUGUGUGUCAUUUUUCAGAGUGAACCGAUGA